AUGGCGAGGUGGAAGACUGCAUCCCAAAGCCGCUACCCGUCUUCCCUGAAAGGAAGUUGCCGCCAAUCAGCGUCAUGGGAGACGCCACUCGACGGAGAAGAGCCGCAGAGUACCUCGAGGACAGACUCGCGCAGCGCCUCACCGGGCUACCGUACAUCAUGGGAGACGCCACUCGACGGAGAAGAGCCGCAGAGUACCUCGAGGACAGACUCGCGCAGCGCCUCACCGGGCUACCGUACAUCAUGGGAGACGCCACUCGACGGAGAAGAGCCGCAGAGUACCUCGAGGACAGACUCGCGCAGCGCCUCACCGGGCUACCGUACAUCAUGGGAGACGCCACUCGACGGAGAAGAGCCGCAGAGUACCUCGAGGACAGACUCGCGCAGCGCCUCACCGGGCUACCGUACAUCAUGGGAGACGCCACUCGACGGAGAAGAGCCGCAGAGUACCUCGAGGACAGACUCGCGCAGCGCCUCACCGGGCUACCGUACAUCAUGGGAGACGCCACUCCACGGAGAAGAGCCACAGAGUACCUCGAGGACAGACUCGCGCAGCGCCUCACCGGGCUACCGUACAUCAUGGGAGACGCCACUCCACGGAGAAGAGCCACAGAGUACCUCGAGGACAGACUCGCGCAGCGCCUCACCGGGCUACCGUACAUCAUGGGAGACGCCACUCGACGGAGAAGAGCCGCAGAGUACCUCGAGGACAGACUCGCGCAGCGCCUCACCGGGCUACCGUACAUCAUGGGAGACGCCACUCGACGGAGAAGAGCCGCAGAGUACCUCGAGGACAGACUCGCGCAGCGCCUCACCGGGCUACCGUACAUCAUGGGAGACGCCACUCGACGGAGAAGAGCCGCAGAGUACCUCGAGGACAGACUCGCGCAGCGCCUCACCGGGCUACCGUACAUCAUGGGAGACGCCACUCCACGGAGAAGAGCCGCAGAGUACCUCGAGGACAGACUCGCGCAGCGCCUCACCGGGCUACCGUACAUCAUGGGAGACGCCACUCGACGGAGAAGAGCCACAGAGUACCUCGAGGACAGACUCGCGCAGCGCCUCACCGGGCUACCGUACAUCAUGGGAGACGCCACUCGACGGAGAAGAGCCGCAGAGUACCUCGAGGACAGACUCGCGCAGCGCCUCACCGGGCUACCGUACAUCAUGGGAGACGCCACUCGACGGAGAAGAGCCGCAGAGUACCUCGAGGACAGACUCGCGCAGCGCCUCACCGGGCUACCGUACAUCAUGGGAGACGCCACUCGACGGAGAAGAGCCGCAGAGUACCUCGAGGACAGACUCGCGCAGCGCCUCACCGGGCUACCGUACAUCAUGGGAGACGCCACUCCACGGAGAAGAGCCACAGAGUACCUCGAGGACAGACUCGCGCAGCGCCUCACCGGGCUACCGUACAUCAUGGGAGACGCCACUCGACGGAGAAGAGCCGCAGAGUACCUCGAGGACAGACUCGCGCAGCGCCUCACCGGGCUACCGUACAUCAUGGGAGACGCCACUCCACGGAGAAGAGCCACAGAGUACCUCGAGGACAGACUCGCGCAGCGCCUCACCGGGCUACCGUACAUCAUGGGAGACGCCACUCGACGGAGAAGAGCCGCAGAGUACCUCGAGGACAGACUCGCGCAGCGCCUCACCGGGCUACCGUACAUCAUGGGAGACGCCACUCGACGGAGAAGAGCCGCAGAGUACCUCGAGGACAGACUCGCGCAGCGCCUCACCGGGCUACCGUACAUCAUGGGAGACGCCACUCGACGGAGAAGAGCCGCAGAGUACCUCGAGGACAGACUCGCGCAGCGCCUCACCGGGCUACCGUACAUCAUGGGAGACGCCACUCCACGGAGAAGAGCCACAGAGUACCUCGAGGACAGACUCGCGCAGCGCCUCACCGGGCUACCGUACAUCAUGGGAGACGCCACUCGACGGAGAAGAGCCGCAGAGUACCUCGAGGACAGACUCGCGCAGCGCCUCACCGGGCUACCGUACAUCAUGGGAGACGCCACUCGACGGAGAAGAGCCGCAGAGUACCUCGAGGACAGACUCGCGCAGCGCCUCACCGGGCUACCGUACAUCAUGGGAGACGCCACUCCACGGAGAAGAGCCACAGAGUACCUCGAGGACAGACUCGCGCAGCGCCUCACCGGGCUACCGUACAUCAUGGGAGACGCCACUCCACGGAGAAGAGCCACAGAGUACCUCGAGGACAGACUCGCGCAGCGCCUCACCGGGCUACCGUACAUCAUGGGAGACGCCACUCGACGGAGAAGAGCCGCAGAGUACCUCGAGGACAGACUCGCGCAGCGCCUCACCGGGCUACCGUACAUCAUGGGAGACGCCACUCGACGGAGAAGAGCCGCAGAGUACCUCGAGGACAGACUCGCGCAGCGCCUCACCGGGCUACCGUACAUCAUGGGAGACGCCACUCGACGGAGAAGAGCCGCAGAGUACCUCGAGGACAGACUCGCGCAGCGCCUCACCGGGCUACCGUACAUCAUGGGAGACGCCACUCCACGGAGAAGAGCCACAGAGUACCUCGAGGACAGACUCGCGCAGCGCCUCACCGGGCUACCGUACAUCAUGGGAGACGCCACUCGACGGAGAAGAGCCGCAGAGUACCUCGAGGACAGACUCGCGCAGCGCCUCACCGGGCUACCGUACAUCAUGGGAGACGCCACUCGACGGAGAAGAGCCGCAGAGUACCUCGAGGACAGACUCGCGCAGUGCCUCACCGGGCUACCGUACAUCAUGGGAGACGCCACUCCACGGAGAAGAGCCACAGAGUACCUCGAGGACAGACUCGCGCAGCGCCUCACCGGGCUACCGUACAUCAUGGGAGACGCCACUCGACGGAGAAGAGCCGCAGAGUACCUCGAGGACAGACUCGCGCAGCGCCUCACCGGGCUACCGUACAUCAUGGGAGACGCCACUCGACGGAGAAGAGCCGCAGAGUACCUCGAGGACAGACUCGCGCAGCGCCUCACCGGGCUACCGUACAUCAUGGGAGACGCCACUCGACGGAGAAGAGCCGCAGAGUACCUCGAGGACAGACUCGCGCAGCGCCUCACCGGGCUACCGUACAUCAUGGGAGACGCCACUCCACGGAGAAGAGCCACAGAGUACCUCGAGGACAGACUCGCGCAGCGCCUCACCGGGCUACCGUACAUCAUGGGAGACGCCACUCGACGGAGAAGAGCCGCAGAGUACCUCGAGGACAGACUCGCGCAGCGCCUGA